AUGGAAUCUAAGAUUGAAAGAAGUAAUCUAUUUAAAGAUGAAAGAAUGCUUAGAAGAUUGAAAAUAGAAACGAUAAGAUGGAUGAACGAUAUGUUUAGAUUUGGAGGAACGGUAUGCAAAGAUUGUGAAGAAGAAGAUAUCAAUGAAGUUGAUGAUCGGGUAAAAAGAUUACAGAAAAUUUUUAAAGAUAUUGGAACAAUGAUAACUGAAGAAGAAUUGUUAAGAUUAACUAUCGGAAAAAGAAUUGAAGAAAAAUUAGAUAAGUUGUUGAAGGAACAAGCGGGAAUAAUAGAUAGUGAAGAAAGUGGUGAAAAGAGUGAUAACGAAGAAUCAGAAGAAGAUAAUACAGAUGAUUCAGAAAAAACUGGAGAAAUAUUAAGUCCAGAUGAAAUAUGGGAUGAAAAUAUUGAAAAUUUUAAUGAAGAAGAAAAUUUAUCGAUUAGUAAAGAUGAAGAAAUGUCGAAUGAGGAAUCUGAUGAAUCUAAUGAUGUUGAAGAAACAGAAACAACAAAGAUAUUUGAAGAAAUAAUUAGAAUGGAUUUGAAAAGAAUGGGAUAUGAUGUAGAAAUAACGGAAAUUGAAAGAAUAAGAAAAUUUGGAGUAACUGCGAAGAUAAUAACAACAUAUGAAUUUAUGAAGAAAUAUUUAACAAUAUGGAAUCUUGAAGAUAAAGAAUUAGAUGAACAAAUAUUACAAUGGAGAGUUGAAAACACAAAAGAAUGCGAAAGAUGUGAAAUUGAAAGAUUAAAGAAAGAAUUUAAAAUCGGAAAAGAAACUUGCAUAGAAUGUGAAAAAGAUAUUGAGAAAGAAAAUCCAACAGAUGAUGAAGAUGAAAUGGAAGAGAAUAUAAAAGGACCCGAAAUUGGCUCGACACCACCAAUAAAACUGAAGAUAACAAUGGCAGUAACAAGAGAUGAAUUCAGAGCAUUAAUGAAUACUAUGUAUAAUUAUGAUAUUGGGGUGGAUUGGAACAAUUUAGUAUUACCACCAGUAAUAUCGACAGGAUUACUAGGAGAAGUUCAAGCGAAUAUUAAUGCAAUAGGAAAUUUACAAGAAAAAAUUAAAGAAAUGGAACGGAUGAUAGAGGAAUACCAAGUGGCACGACAGCACCAAAUUAUGUACCUGAACGAACUGAACAGAAUUAGGGACCAAGAAAAUGGAGAGAAGCAGGAGGGCCAACAAAACCCGGAGGCAAAUAUAACUUUGAGAUACAAAGAUGAAUUUCACGAAUCAAAGAUGGAUACAGAAUGGAAAUUCAGAAAAAAAGUAGUGGAACAAAUAAAUAGAAGAAUGUUAGAAUAUGAUGAAGAUACAGAUAUAAUAAUCUUAGACAAAUCACCAUAUUGCGAAUAUUAUUACCAAAAGACGAAAAGUUUUGACAGAGGAUUAAUUACUUCACAUGGAAAUCAUGAGAUGGAAAAAGAAAUAUUCAGAUUGAAAGAAACAAUAGAUAAAUCAAUAGUGAUAUUUUUAGAAAAAGAUGGCGAUGUAUGUUGGAAAAAUUACAUUGGAAGAGAAACAGAGAAAACGGAAAAAUCAUCAUACCCAACAUUAAGGAAGGAGGAAUAUUUGGACAUGGUUAAAAUGUUUGAAGAAAAUCAGAGCGUGUACAAAGAUACCAAAAGAUACAGUCGAGUAAAAGUUAAAAAUGACAAUAGUAGUUGGAGAAAAGUAUUUAAAGAGGUGGAAAAAUGGAGAAUGGUUAAAGAAAUUUUAUGA